AUGGUCAAGUGUUUUGUUAUUCUAUUAAGUAUUGUACUUCAGUGCUAUGGUGAAAAAUACCAAGUUGUGACGAGAAAAGGGUUAAUAGUUGGUGAUAGACAUGAUGAGUACACCACUUUCCUUGGUAUACCCUACGCUAAGGUUAAUGAGGAGAAUCCGUUUGGGGCCACCUUAGAAUACCCGAAAUUUGACAGGCCAUACAUCGCCAACGACUCAUCAGUGAUAUGCCCACAAGUGUACUUCAACGACAACGGUACCAUACAAUGUCUUCAACUCAACAUUUAUGCACCAAACACGGCUAGCAGGAACAACUUAAUGCCAAUACUGGUCUGGUUCCACGGCGGAGGUUUCGCUUUUGGCAGUGGAGGGGAAUAUGGCGGCAAGUACUUGGUCAAAAAGAAUAUAAUUGUCAUAACAGUCAAUUACCGACUAGGUGCUUAUGGCUUCUUAUGUUUGGAUAAUCCACAAGUACCUGGUAACCAAGGUAUGAAAGACCAGAUUGAAGCUUUGAGGUGGAUCAGAAGUCACAUUGUACAUUUCGGUGGUGAUGCCAAUAAAGUCACCAUCGCUGGUGAGAGCUACGGCGGAGGAGCAGUAGAUAUACAUUUGUAUUCAAAAUACGAAACUCUAUUUCACAAAGCUAUCGUCCAAAGUGGUUCUGUUUAUGUAACUGAAGGGAUUUUCGUAAAACCAGACUAUCACGCUGCAAUAAAACUCGUAACAAAUUUAGGAUAUGAUGUGACGACAACUCGCGAAGCUCUGAGAAUACUUGCUAAAUUGAAUCCUACUGAUGUAAACGCCGCGACCAGAAACAUGAGUAUGGUCCUGACGCUUUGCGCGGAAAAGCAAUUUAAAGGUGUACAAAACUUCAUAACAGAAAACCCUUUCGCAUUGCAGAACUCAGACAGAAUAGAUGGUAUGCCAAUAAUGAUAGGGUACACGAGCCAAGAAAUGCUAUUCGAGUUCGCGAACAAGCCGCAGUCUUUCUACGAUAAUAUGAAGGAUCCCUUUACGGUGCAGAUUGAGAAAACGUUUGCUUUGAGUAAGAAAGAACUUGAAAAGAUCAGUAGUAUUGUAAGGCAUUUCUACCUGGGAUACAAAGACCUUGGGCCCGAAGUGGAAUUGGAACUGAGUAACUUUUUAUCGGAUUUCUCAAUAAACUAUGGGGCUGAGUGGUCUACCAACAGGUACGUUGAGCAGGGGGCCACGGUGUUCAAGUAUUUGUUCUCGUACACUGGUGCGAGUGAAUAUAUGAAUAUCACAGACGCAGGUGCAUCUCACACCGAGGAACUGAAGUAUCUCUUCGAUUGGAUUUGGGCUGCCCCGCUGAGGAAUCCUGAGCAGCUCAUGAUGCGAGAAAGGAUGAUAAGAAUGUGGGCGAAUUUCGUCAAGUAUGGAGAAGAAAGUGACAAAAAUAAACUUUUGACUGCACGGUUGGUGCGGUGGCUGGGCAACUGGCUGCCGUGCAACGUGUCGCGGAGCUACCUAGUUCAACCAAACUUCCAAAAACCAUUCUUCGCCAAUGACUCUUCAAUAUAUUGUCCUCAAGUGACAACGCGAUUCGGCGGCGACUUGCAAUGUCUUCGACUCAACUUGUAUGUGCCACAUACAGCCAAUGUGAAUAGCACUGUGCCAGUAUUGGUCUGGUUUUACGGUGGAGGUUUCGUCUUCGGCAGCGCCCAAGACUAUGGCGGCGAACAUUUGGUCAAACAUGACAUAAUCGUGGUGACAGUCAAUUACAGGCUUGGUCCUUACGGAUUUAUGUGUUUAAAUGACCCUUCUGUCCCAGGAAACCAAGGUCUAAAGGAUCAGAUUGGAGCUCUAAGGUGGGUGAGCAAGAAUAUAGAGGCUUUUGGAGGAGACCCUACCAAGGUCACCAUAGCCGGCGAGAGUUAUGGAGGUGGUGCAGUAGAAUUACAUCUCUACUCUAAGUACGAAACGUUAUUUCACAAAGUGAUCAUCCAAAGCGGUUCCAUAUAUACUCCAGGGUUCUAUGGAAACCGAGAUCACGAUACUGCUAUAAAAUUAGCCCAUCAAUUAGGAUAUAAAGCAGCGAACACUAGAGAAGCUUUGCAAAUAUUGAGUAAAGAAAGUUCUGUAUUGGUGAUGAAUGCAGCGAAAAACUUAGGCUUGAAAAUGUCAGCGUGCAAAGAAGUCCGAUUCAAAGGGAUCCAGCAGUUCGUUACCAAAUGCAUAAACCAUUUGAUUAAUCCUGAUCGAAUUGAGAACAUACCAAUCAUGAUCGGUUACAACAGCAAAGAAGACUUUGCGACUUACGCGAACAAACAGCAAGAGUUCUUCGACAACUUAGGGGAUAUUUUCUAUAAGAAUUUGCAGAACCAUUUCGUUUUGAAAACUUGUGAGUUGGAAACGUUAAGUAAUAUUACGAGGAACUUUUAUCUUGGAAGCAAGAAAAUUGGUUUGGAGUCGGUACUAGAACUUAGUGACUAUUCUUCUGACUUCAAGUUGAACUAUGCUGUAGAGAAAUCUGUGACCAAGUUAUUGGAGCAGGGUGGGAAAGUUUACAAGUAUAUGUUCUCUUACAUAGGAGGUAGUAUUUAUCAGAACAUUACUGGCGUUGGGGCAGUCCACACAGAAGAAUUGAAGUAUUUAUUUGAAACUGGUGCCAAAUUGACUUCUGAUGAACAGAGGAUGAUGAGGGAUCGCAUGACGGCAAUGUGGGCUAACUUCGUGAAGCUUGGAAACCCGACUCCGCAGAAGACGGACCUCCUCCCAGUUACCUGGGAGCCUGUGACUGGCAAUGCCAGGCAAUACUUGGACAUUGACGUCACUAUGUCUAUGAAAGACUACGCCUACAGACAAAGAAUCGCGUUCUGGGAUCUCUUUAUGCAGAAAUACGAUAAAAAGAGCUAA